AUGCCGCGGAACUUCGCGGGGAAAAAGCACCAGCACAACAACCGCCAUGAGAACGGCCUUGUAGGCCCGGGUAAACGUGUGACGAAGCAAAAGUCGAAUGGUCAUCUCAAUGGCACUGCAAAGGGCCCUGUCCCAACCGAGCCUGUUCCCAACCAACCCAAAACCGACCUUGGUGUAAACACUUCGACCGCUGAUCAAAACUCCAUCUCCACCACCAACUCAUCACAAGACGCCGCGCAGUCUCCCAGCCAGUCAUCCCAGAAAGUCGGAACGGUGGAAGCAAGUGAGCAAAAGGGUCAGGACAAGGAAAAGGCCAUCAAGUUGGACUCACAUGCGUCGACAAUGGUUCAGACUCGACGAAACGAUGCGGCCUCCGCCAGGUCCAAGUCUAUUCUCGAUGUCAAUGCUCUUCAGCUUGCUAGCACCAUCCUACGAUCUCGACCAGCAUGUGACACGGUGUCCCUCCUCAUCGUACUUUUGGCUCUUCCUUCCAUGAUUUUAACCAUUGUCCAAGCACUCUUCGCUUCCCUAACCCUCAUGCCAGGAGGUGGUGCGCCGGUUUCUCUAUUUUCCCUCCUCGAUAUUUUCCAAGGUUCGGCCGGCGCCCCAAGCGCUCAUACCAUAGCGGCGGUGGACGUGAUUGGGUUCGCCCUCUGGAUCUGUCUAUGGAAUUGGGCUCAGAAUUUUGCACUGGACCUCGCCCAGGUACAAAUCGCAAUUACUCUCGGCAAUGGCAAUUCCGGCAAAAAUGGGAGCGUCACCACCUCAUGUCUUGCGGCCAUUCUUUUACUGCAUUCUGUCCGGAGUAAGGGAGUUCGAUGUUUUCUUUUCACGAACCUUGUACCCACGGAGCUUCUUUCACAACUCGGUUUGACCGAUUAUUUGAAGUACCUACCAUCAGAUGCCGAUUUCGGCCAAAGCCCUGGUGCUCCAUCCAAGAUUCGCAGUCUAUUCGCAGUUCAUAUUAUCAGUCAAGCUGUUAUGGCCAUUGUUCGUCGCAGAAUAUCGAGCAGUAACCCUUCGACUAGCAAUCAAAAGUCAAAGCGAGUGGACACGGAGGCCCUAGCUGGAUCGUUAUCUGAUGCUUCUGCUCUGGAUGGUUCGACCAAUGCUGGAAUAUCGUCUGGGAUUGACUACCAGCAACCACCAACACCUGGACCAAAAGAUGGGAAAGAAAAGGUUACCAGUGCGAAAAAACGGAGGCGCUAUGCAAAUCAUAUCCGGAGCAAGCAACCAUUUUGGGCGGCCCUUGCCAGCACCAAAGUUCAUGUCCUUCGGGAAGUUGAACACAACAAGGGUCUACCGACUGUAGCGAACAACCAAGGCAGUCCUUUCGAAAUGGUGCAGCAAGACGUUGUCUGGAUCACUGGGGUUCAUGCAUCUAGUAUAUAUUUUGAAGCGAUUUAUCCCUCUCCAGACGAUCAACAUGGCGAUUCUUCGCAGGGAUCCGAGUACAGACCCUUUUACGUACGCAUCAACGGGGCAAGAUGGCAUAUGGUGUCUCUGGAGUUGAUGGAGAGCAACCCAGCCUCGGAAAAUCCCAGUUCGCACUGGUCGGGUAUCAUAUCCGGUCUCGCACCGAACUGCACUUAUACCUGUACAUUCAUAGGCUCUGACACGGACGAAGAGUUUGGAUCGGUGAUGGUUAAGUCCCCACUCUUCCUAGACAAAGAUGUUUCGACCUCGAUGGCUCCGAUUCCGCAUCGCCAACCUGCUCGACCUGCAACUCCCAAGUCUACGUUGAGAAAUACUAUUUCCACCGCGGAAGCUAAAGCAAACGAUGCUCGCAAUCGCCAAACCAAAGCCCGUCGUCAACACCGGACCAAUUUAGCCAAGAUUGAAAAGGACGUCGAAGCGUCCACUGCUCGACUCAAGGCAUCGACUGACGACACGAAGCUCAAGCAAAAACUGCUGCAACUGGAGCGCAAUACCCGACAAGCUGAAGAUGAGGCUGCGACUGCCAGUGCCGAGAUUGAUUCUUCGCGCGAGGAAGCCGAUGAAGAUCACACGACACUCAAAACAGAAUACGAGUCGCAAGCUAAACUUCUUAGCGAAGCCAACACUGCGUUGACAAAAGCACGAUCGGAUGCCGACAACGAAACCUCUUGUGUUACGAAUGAGCUCACCAAUCUUACAACUAGGAAGGAUCGUCUCACAGCUCGCAAUACUAAGCUGACUGAGCAGCACGAUAGAAUCAAUCAAGCAAAUGUGCAAGGUCUGAACGAGAAAGAACGGAGAGCGGCAGAAUCUUUUGAGGAGGCAUCCGAGCAGCAAAACAAAGAGGCCAAUCUGACAAGCCAGCUGCAGGGUGUCGAAAGUCAAUUGCGUAACUCUCGAGUACGAUGGGAAGCCAACUUCCGAGAGCUGGAUGUCCUCGAGAAACAAGAGUUUCAACAGCGACAGAUGAUGCUCAAUAACAGUGGGCCGUUGACUCCAGAAGGAGAGCUUCCUGGCACUCGUCCUCAGCCGCAACAUGCACGUCCAUAUGCCUUCGGCAGCUUUCAGGCUUUCCCCAACAGUCCUGUGAUUCCAGAAGUGCAAAGCUCGCCAUUCCUUGCAUAUGCCAAAACGCUCCCGUCCAACGACAUGCGCCGACCGCGAUCUGAUACCAACCGAUCUGCAGGUGGGCUUAGCAAUUUCUCUGCCGAUUUUGAAGAUGCUGAUCCGAUUCCUCCUAUGCCAACAACUACGGACUACGAAAUGACAGGACGUAAGGGAAGUGGGAGUAGUCGGGGCAAGAACAAUGGGAGUCCGGGUACAAUGGUCGGGGCUUUCAGCCCGCAACGAGGCAACUAUAGUCCAGGGCAUAUUCCGGGUUCGGCGACGUGGUAG